AUUUCCCAUCUAUAAAACUAGACAAAUUCUUCUUUUUUUAUUACUCAUCAAACUUUAGACAUCUUUAGUUCUUUCCCAAAAAUAUAUAUAUAUAUAUAUAUAUAUAUUUUUUUUUUUAAAAAAAAAAGAAGAAGAGAAAAGAACUCAAAUGUCUAAACAAUGGAUGAGCCUAGUGGGAGCAUUGUGGUUACAGUCUAUGGCUGGUACAAACACAAAUUUCCCAGCUUAUUCUUCACAAAUAAAAAAACUUUUAUCAAUUUCCCAAAUUCAGCUUAACAAUUUAGCAUUUGCUUCUGAUGCUGGAAAAUUACUUGGUUGGUUUGCUGGAAUUGCAGCUAAUUAUUUACCCCUUUGGGUAGUACUUUUAAUUGGCGCAACACUUGGAUUAAUUGGCUAUGGGGUGCAAUAUCUUUUUCUUAUAAAUUAUAUACAUUCCUUAUCCUAUUGGCAUGUUUUUUCACUCACUUUUUUAGCUGGCAAUAGUAUUUGUUGGAUCAAUACUGUUUCGUAUAUAGUAUCGAUACGAAAUUUCCCAUUGGAUAGACAAGUUGCGGUUGGAUUAUCGACUAGUUACAUAAGUUUAAGUGCCAAAAUUGUAACGGAUAUAGUUGAUGUCAUCAAUGUUUUCGCCCCUAGUGAUGAAAGGGCGAAAACUUAUUUGCUCCUGAACUCCGUUUUGCCUCUGUUGAUAGCGGUUGUUGCAUCUCCAAUUAUUCGCGAAACUAAGGUAGAAAAAUCAAGAAAGUUAUCGGAUGGGUUUCGAGUUAUGUUUGUUAUAACGAUUGCUACGGGGAUUUAUGCAGUGAUCACUAGCAUAAAGCCUGCGAUUUCGAAAUUAUUGCCAAGACUGUUGAGCUUAAUUGGUAUGGUAAUUUUCUUAAUGCUACCAAUUUUGGUGCCAUUGAGUGAAAGAAUCAAAGAACAUUGGCAUGGAAAAUGCUGGAUAAGGAGGGACCAAAAAAUAUGUGAUUUAAGUAAUUUGGAGGAGGAGAUUAGAACAACUGAAAAGGAGAAUAAUAAUUGUAUUAUUGUUAAUAGUGGGGUUAUUAAGGAGGAUAAUAAUGAUCUUGGAUGUAGUGUAAUGGAGGAAAUUGGAGCAAAGAAAAUGUUGAUGAAAUUGGAAUUUUGGUUGUAUUUUUUUGUUUAUUUGUUUGGUGGCACAUUGGGUUUGGUUUAUUUGAAUAAUUUGGGACAAAUUGCUGAUACUCGUGGAUGCAAUGGGACUUCUUCAUUGGUUUCAUUAUCAUCUUCAUUUGGUUUCUUUGGUAGACUUCUUCCUUCACUCUUCGACUACCUCUUCUCCAGGAGUAAAUAUGCAGUAUCAAGACCAGCUACCAUAGCAAUGACACUAGCACCAAUGACAGGAGCAUUCUUUUUGCUACUCAACAAUAGUCACAUUGCUCUCUACACAAGCACAGCCAUAAUUGGAAUUUGUACUGGAGCAAUUACUUCAAUUUCUGUCUCACAAACUACUGAGCUAUUUGGGGCCAAAAAUUUUGGUGUUAAUCACAAUAUUGUUGUGGCAAAUAUACCAAUUGGUUCAUUUUUAUUUGGAGAUUUGGCAGCUAUGUUAUACAGAAGACAAGGAAAUUCAUCAACAAGUGAUGGAAGUUGUUUAGGGAUGAAGUGUUUUCAGACAACUUUUGUUAUAUGGGGCUGUCUUUGUUUCCUAGGAACUUGUCUUGCUUUUAUUCUUCAUACAAGAACUCGAAAAUUUUAUCAACAUUUACGUGGAGGAAACUAAUAUAUAGUAUUAAUUUUAGGGUUAAAUAAUCAGUAGUUACUACGUUAUAUUAUACUAGUAUAUUGGACAGUACAGAAACUGAUGAUGAUUUAUGUAAUUAUUUUUUUGAAGUACGAUAUAGUUAUAAGAUGUAACGUUCAUACACCUAUCAUCAGUAUAAAUAGCUUUCUGCUUAAUGAAAUAUUUUGCCAAAUGAAUUACUAUAAU